AUACUUAGACGUCUAAAACUUCACCUCGAAGUACAAAUAACGUCUAAUAAAGAGUUCUCAUUAUCAACGACCACUAAUGACAAUUCACAAUUCGAUAAUGGAAUUGUUAACACAUCGUCUCCAUUAAUGAAAAAACAUUCGGAUUUUUAUAGAAAAAUAUCAUUAAUUGAUUUUGAUCGGCUAGAGGCUACCAUUGAUGCUGAACAUUUAUACAAAGAAGCUUUAGAAAGUGUUAAUCCUAGAAUGAUGGUCAAUGCAGAUUUAAUAGUAGAAGGAAACGAAGACAAUACAUUAGAUUGCUAUUUCUAG